AUGGGGGAAUUGAACGAGACAGCCUUUGAAGUUUUGUCCAGCAUUAAAGAGCAAAAUUUUGGAGGCAGAAAGAAAAAUUUCUGUAAGCCUCAGUUCAGCUUCAGCUCUUCUCGGAGCAUAGCUGAUUUGGCAAGCCUUCACAGGAAGAAGAUAAACCGUCAGGAGUUUAACAAGGACACAGAAAAUCCAGCUGGAUUCUACUAUGGUACAUUACAAAUAAUCAGCUUUCUGAAGGACCUCAUUUCCCUCAGCCCCUCGGAUUCUUACCUUAAAUUCCAGCGGCGGAGUCUGGGAGCAGCGUCUUUCCCUGCCCCUCCUACUAUUGGCUGCGGUAGCUGCCGGGAGCGUCUGUGGCUCUCUCUGGCUCUGUUCCCCGGACUGAAGCUGCAGAGGGAAAGCGGGAGGACGACGAAGGGGACCAUGAGUGCUGUGUCCUCCCUGGGCGGCUCUCUCUUACCACUCCGCCUGGUGAUGCUCCUCCCUGGUCUCUCCUGCCUCACUCAGGACUUCGUUUUUCCUCCAGAAUGGGGCUUCUCCUCCUACGAAGUGAUCAUCCCCAGGCAAUUGGGACCCCGCAGUGGGGACCCAAAGGUGGCCGGGCAGGUGUCCUACCUUCUGCGUGUGGACGGCAAAAAGCACGUUGUUCAUUUGCAGGUCAAAAAGCUUCUGUUGUCUAGACACCUGCGGGUUUUCUCCUUCACAGAGUGGGGAGCCAGACUGGAGGACCAACCUCACAUCCCCGAAGAUUGCAACUAUGGCGGUUAUGUGGAGGGCUCCCCGGACUCCCAGGCUACCUUAAGCACCUGCUUUGGGGGACUUCGAGGGAUACUGAACAUGAAUGGAAACUUUUACCAGGUGGAGCCUCUGAAAGCCUCCACCAGGUUUGAACACAUAUUAUAUCGCCUGAGAGAGGAGGCAGUCACAAACCAGACCUGUGGUCUAACUGACAGAGAUACAGUCGGUCAUUUAGCCCAGAGCCAGAGCCUGGAGGCUUUUGGCAAGACAGAUUUUUCUCACUCCUAUAUCCACUUAAAGUAUAUGGAGUUGAUGCUUGUGAUGGACCACAAUAGGUAUUUGACUAGAGGCUCCAAUAUGACCCAGAUAAUUUCUGACUGCCUUACCUUGUCAGGAAUAGCAGAUGCAAACUUCAAAACCCUGAAUGCUCACAUUCGUCUGAUAGCCAUUGAUGUAUGGACAGAUGAAAAUAAAAUAGAUGAAAAUGGGGACAAAUUAAUACAAGUUUUACAAUUCUUUUCUUUCUAUAAAAAACAUGUUCUUUAUCCUCGGAUCCCCAUGGAUUGGGCUCACUUAUUUGUUGGCAAGCACUUUGGGGAUGCUGCAGGAUGGGCUUGGGUCUCUGGUGCUUGUCAUUCAUUUACAGCAUCUUCAGUAAGCACUCUACCCUGGGGAGUUGACCUUGACUACGCUUUGGCCUUUGUUCACGAAAUGGCUCAUGGCUUUGGCAUGGCCCACGAUUCAAAGUUCUGUGUUUGUGGGGCAAAAAGGUGCCUCAUGGAUGCUUCCUUGGGAGGCAGGACUUUCAGUAAUUGUAGCUUUGACAGUUACUUUAAUUUUGUCACCAAGAAAGGAAAAUGUCUGUAUAACAUCCCAAGCAUGGUGUACAGGGUAGAGAAGUGUGGCAACAAGGUGGUGGAGCAGGGAGAGGAUUGUGACUGUGGCUCCGAAGCAGAAUGUCGGCAUGAUAAAUGUUGUUUGCCAACUUGCAAAUUUAAACAAAGGGCCCAGUGCAACUCUGGUCUUUGCUGUAAACGCUGCCAUUUUCGUCCAUCUGGAAAAAUAUGUAGACCCAAGAGGACUGAGUGUGAUCUUGAUGAGUUCUGCAAUGGGACCACCAAUCUCUGCCCAGAUGACUUCUAUAAACAAGAUGGCACCCCGUGUGGUAAUAAAGAGACAGGACUUUGUUACCACAAUCAUUGCCAUUCUCAUCUCCAGCAGUGCAGAAGACUUUUUGGCCAUCGAGCCCAGAAUGGCCCGGCUCGCUGCUAUGCACAAAUCAAUCGAGGUGACCGCUUCGGCAAUUGUGGACUCAAGGACGUUAAAUAUAAGCGAUGUAAACCUCAGGACAUAAUGUGUGGAAGAAUACAGUGUGUAAAUAUAAGGGACAUCCCUUCUAUGCCUGAUCACACUGCAAUGAUUCAGACGCAUCUAGGGAAUGUUGUAUGCUGGGGAACAGAUUAUCAUGCUGCAAUGGCGACCAUUAACUUACCUGAUAUGGGAGAGGUCAAAGAUGGCACCCCUUGUGGCAAGGGGCUCAUCUGUAUUAACAGGUCUUGCCAGAGUAGCUCACUUCUCAAUUAUGACUGUGUCCCACAGAAGUGCAGCCAUCGAGGAGCGUGUAAUAACCGGAGGAACUGCCAUUGUGACUCCGGAUGGGCCCCUCCAUUCUGCAUAGAGCCUGGAGAUGGAGGAAGCAUUGACAGUGGACCUCCCUCGAAAUGGGAGGGGAGAAAGAGUUUAUGCAGGCACGUAAGGUGGAAUCGUUUCACCUUCCCUGCCUCUUUUGUGGCCCUGUGUCAGUGGAUGUGGUAUACUUGUUUACUAAAAAUAGAUGAAUAGUCAUUUAAAAAAUGCAAAGAAUUCUCAGCAAAGGAGGCAGAAAGAGCAUCUAUAACUUGGGCCUUCCUUGAACAACAACAGACAAGAUCAUCUCAUAUA